AUGUCUAAUAAACCGGUGCUCACUACUAUCUCCCCAAUUACCCAGAAACCAAUCCAUACCAGGGAUGAGUUCACCCCUGAACAGAUCCCCGCCUUGGUCGAAGCUUCAAAAAAGGCAUUCGUCAGCUUCAAGUCUUCCUAUGAUCUUCCCGCCCGCCAGAAACUUGUUGCUAAGGCCCUGGAUAUUCUCGACUCCAGGGCUGACGAUCUUGCUCGGGAUCUUACUGAGCAAAUGGGUAGGCCUAUUCAAUACUGUGCCAAAGAGGUUAGGACCGCCGUUCUUCGUGGCCGUUACAUGCUUAAGGCAUCCACCGAAGCUCUCAAGGACGUUCCCGGAGACGAAGAGGCCGGCUUCAAGCGAUAUAUUCGUAAGGAACCCCUUGGUACCGUCCUCGUGAUUUUUGCCUGGAAUUAUCCAUAUCUCAUUCUCGUGAACUCUUUGGUUCCCGCGUUGCUUGCUGGGAAUGCUCUCAUCUUGAAGCCAUCUCCACAAACUCCCACAGUCCCUGAAACCUUCUUGUCUGUUCUUGAAGAGGCGGGAUUACCGAAGAAUGUGGUUCAGGUCAUCCAUUGUGGAAAUGCAGAUACUUUGUCGCAAUUAAUAUCUGCACCGGGGAUCAACUCCGUUACCUUCACAGGAUCUGUAGGAGGAGGAAUUGCCACACAGCAGGCGGCCUCGAAGCGCGUUAUUCCGGUGGGGUUGGAAUUAGGAGGGAAUGACCCCGCAUAUAUCCGACCUGAUGUUGAUAUCAAAUGGGCGGCGGAAGAAAUUGUUGACGGGGCGGUAUUCAACAGCGGCCAGAGUUGUUGCUCAAUUGAGCGAGUGUAUGUUCACCAAGACAUCUACGACAAGUUCGUGGAUGAGGUCGUUGGCGUUGUCAAGAAUUACAAGCUUGGAGACCCCUUUACAGGGACGAAUCACCUUGGCCCCGUCAUAAGCGUCAAGAGUGCGCAAAAUAUCAGGAAACAUGUCGAGGAGGCCCUGAAAAGCGGAGCAAAAACUUUGACACCCGAUGUCUUUGGGGAAGGUGAAGCCCUUGGUGAAACGUUUGUCAGACCAGAGAUUUUGGUCAAUGUCAAUCAUGUUAUGCAGGUUAUGAAGGAGGAAACUUUCGGACCCGUUAUCCCGAUCCAAAAAGUAUCUUCUGAUGAAGAAGCGAUUCAAUUGAUGAACGACUCUGACCUCGGCUUGACCGCGUCGAUCUGGACUCGCGAUGUAUCCACUGGAGAGAAGCUAGCAGACGGUGUUGAAGCCGGCACCGUCUUCGUCAACCGAGCUGACUACCCAAGUCCGGAUUUGGCAUGGACUGGGUGGAAGAACUCUGGUAGAGGCCAGACAUUGUCCAAAUUUGGUUUUGAUCAGUUCGUUAGAUUGAAGAACUUUCACCUCAAGCAGGUUUAA